GUUAUUGUGAAUGGAAUUUGCCAGCUUUCAAUCGCCAAACAAUGGGCAAUAAAUGAAAAGUUUUAAAAAACUCUGUGAAAACAACAGCAAUUGACAGUGUUGCCAACACGACUUCCAAUAUGUGGAACGCAAUAAAUAAUGUGUGGCAGUGCACAUUGACACUACUGCGCUGGGAGCGCACUAUCGAUUUCGAUUUUCGAGGCUCAACAGUGGCACAAAACGUGACGAGAGGCUUUUCCACCCAGGCUGGCAGGACCACCCCACAGCACACGUGCAAAUAAUAUAAUAAUCCACCAUCGUCAUCGUUGCCUACUCCCGGGGACAUUUGAGUGCAACGGCGGGGACGGUCUUUAGUGAGUGUGAAUUAGCGUGUGUGUGUGUGAGCUAGCACACACACACAAACGUUCGAAAAAAUGCGGGAAAAUAUUUAAAACUAAACAAAGAAAAGCAACAACGAAAAAAAAACUCUUGUGGGAAACAAUUUGUUAACGAACGAUGCUGCUCUGAGGCUGAGGCUAACCGAAAACCACGACAAACAUGUGCAUUUUACGGGCACAUUCCAUUCCUCCUUAGAGUUUUGCUAGUUUUUGGCGCGGUUGCUGUUGAUGGAUGGGGGAUACAACGAACAAACAUCAUCAAUCAUCUCAGCAACAGUCUCAUCCGGAACAACCGCAACAGCAGCAACAACAGCCAUCGGUUCCACGGCCAAAGCAACCCCGGCUUGAGCCACCUUCACCAGCCGCUGCAGCACCUACUGCGGGCAGUGCUCCAGUUCCUGCGACACCCACAGCAGCUGUUGAGCCCCGACCUGCGCUUGGGGUCAUCCCCGAACUACCACCUCCGUGUUCCAACGGAUUCCACCGCCACCACCAACUCCAUCAAUACCAUCACCAGGCAUUUGUGGCCCUUCCUCCGCUUCUUGCCGCCGGAAAACCACCCCCACCGACGACACUCCAAAAUCCCCGCGGAAUCGUCGUUGAACCUCCUCCUCCUCCUCCGGUCACUGGUGGCCACCAUCAGCAUCCCCCGCAGCAGUCCUUCUCCCUGUACAAGACAAUCAACACGGUCAUCAAGAGUGGCCGCAAGAUCAUCGUCCGCGUGUGCGAAGUGACCAAUGUGAAAACCAAACUCAAAAUGUUCAACCUCUACUCGACGAUGAACAAGCGCAACGGCGCCGAGGAGAAGGAAGCCCGCGUCAUGGAGACGACCGGCCACGACCGGUUCUGCCAGGAGCGGCCCUCGAGGGAAUGCAGUUGCAUGGAACUGGCCGAUUUCCACCCGAUCCAUUGCAUGCGUGGUCGGUCCAGCUACCGGCGCAAAAAGAGGAAAAUGAGACGCGCUCAAUCCGCGGCGGAGUUCAACGAUGCUCGCACCGAGCUGCCGGCCCCCUCAGCAGCCAGCAAGAGGAUGUUGUUCAGGGGCCGCUCGGUCAGCUCGGACCACGACCAAAACUCGGAAUCGGAACACACGGAGCGGUCGCCGCUGGUCAGCGCCAAGCUGGACUCGCUGGCCAAGCUGCUGUUCAGCCGAAGUCUGAUGGCGGAAGGAUCCGGUGGCUUGAUCGGCGGUGGCGGCGGCAGCGGAAGUGGCGGAACCUCCACCAAAGACAAUGACUCGCCGACAAGGCACAACGUUCGCUACCAGUACACCGCCCUGGACAGUGGCAUCGGCGCCCCAGAUCGGAGCCCGCGGGAGCGAGCGGCACGGGACCGGGCCUUCACGGCCUGCCAGGACUGGCUGCAGCACACGGGCGGCCGGUACGAGUCGAUAGCGCACCUAGAUGACAUCGGGUCCCGGCCGAGCAAGCACUGGUUUCUGCUGAAUGAUUGCACGAUACGCACGGACCGGCUGAUGACGCUGCUACCCCUACCCGCCGACUGCAUUGCCUUCGAAGAGUUCCAGGGCGGCGGUGGCCAGUCCGAGUGUCCCCAAAGAAUCCUGAUGGAACUGCUCGGAUCGCUGCAGCAUCCGUACAUCUACCCGGUGCUCGAUCUGGGCUUCUUCCCGACCGACGCCCACCACUACGCGUGUCUCGUGAUGCCCUUCAACCCCCGUGGCAGUCUGAAGGAUCUCAUUUAUAAGUCCCAGUGGAACGAACCAUGGAGUCGUAAAUAUACGCGGAAAUCCACCUGCCUGCCCCUGUCCCAGGUACAACGAUUAGGACGUCAAAUUUUAGAGGCUUUGUUAUUUUUAAGGGAACGCGGAAUACCGUCGCACGGCCACCUGCACAGCGGCAACGUGAUCCUGCAGAACGGCGUGGCCAGAUUAUCCGGCCUGGAGAACGGACUGCUCGGGCUCAACUCGCGCGUCAACGCCAUCGUGUGGUCCCGCUCGGCCCCGGACAUUGACAACAUCGACGUCGUCUGCUUCGGCCACUUGCUUUUCGAGAUGUGCGCCGGGUACGAGCUCACGUCGCCCCAGCCGACCCCGGGCCACUAUCAGCUCGAUCUCGAGCGCUACCCACAGGUCGUCGACGUGCUGCAGAUGAUAUUCGAGUCACCAGAUGGGCGCUAUCCAACCGUCGAAGAACUGGUCCUUUGUGAUAUAUUCCGCAAUAUCGAUUUAAGAGAACUGCGAGGAACAUGUGUGCCUUCCUUUAAACAUGGUUUGAGUAGCUCGACGCUGAGCCUGCUGAACGCCGUACGGAGACGACAAGGUGCGAUACUAAGUGGAUCAUACAGCGAGGGCAGCUCGCCGUGCACGCCACCGUCGACGCCACGUGAGCGGAAAACCGGUGACGUAGAAUCCUCCGAUCUGUCUAGUAGUGAUUCCGAAGAUCUGUUAGAUGAAAUAGUUAUAGCAUCAGCCCGCAUCGACGAUCCCGCCCAUUACGACCCGUUGGCCUCGCCGAUACAUUACUGUGACAAUAACGUUGUACAGUCGUCGGACGAUAACAGCAAUAGUAACAACAACACAAUCAUUCGUAUAGAUUCGAUCGAGUCGCAGGGCUCGACGUCGUCGUCCACUGGGUCGAUACAGCUGCAGCAGCUGAAUCCGUCGUCCGCGUUCAAAAAUCUCAAAUCGCGCCGCAUGGAGUACAGCCGGCGUGGGAUGAUCCUCGGGCUGAGCAACCCGUCGCAGGACUCCGCCUUUGGUUCGAUGACCGACGGCGAGUCGUCCCGUGCGUCCAGCUUUAAGCUGAGCAGCUUCGCCUCGAUGAACUCGCCGAUCGACGAGGGCGUCGAGGAUCUGCUGGUGGAGGGGGCUGCUUCAACUUCUGCUGCGCCGCAAGUUCCGGAAUCGAUCGCCACCACGAUGGCGGGGCUGAAGUACAUCGAUUCGGCGGGAUCGUCACCGUGUCACGAUCACCACGCGCACGCCUCGUCAUCGCGAGACAUUUCGCCGAAUCACUCCGCGUCGUCACGGUACCUAGAGCCGCCGAAGCUGAUCAUCAACAAUCACUCCUCGUCGACGACCAACACGUCGCUGUGCUACACCUCGUCUCCGCUGCGGAAAUGUGCCACGACGGAGGUGUUUUCGCAAAAGUAUCGCGUGUCGUCGUUCGAGGACAUGUCCUACUCGUCCCGGGUGGCGCAAAAGUCCAUCAAGAACAGCAGCCGCAAGAUAUUCCGGUCGUUCGAGGAGGAACGCCGCAUCGACUCCGCCUUCAUGCCCAUCGACACGACCCGCUCGACCAGCGUCAGCAGCCGACUCAGCCAACAACUCAAGCAGCAACGUCAAGCGUCCCCAUCGUCGCCGUCGUUGCAGCAUCAACUCUCGUUACCACCGCUGUUGACACCGACGUCCCCCAAGCAGCUAAUGCCACCCGCUCAAUACAAUCAACUCACGAAGAAGAAGAAGAACGCCUCGUUCCAGAACCUCCAAAGCAUUGCCGGCUCGUCGCGGGACCGAGUCUGCCAGUGGCGGAACAAACUGAUCAAAUCGAACGAAUGUCUGUUUGAAACUUCCUUCAACAUGUCUCCAUCGUCGACGACCCAGAGCGAGAUCGACCGACUCCUCAGCCACGGCAGCUCAACCCACGAACUGCCCACGAGCACCGGAAGCGCCGUCGAAGUCGAACGGUUCAUCCUGACGCCGGAACCGGUCGUCGUCGCCAGCAAUCCCACGCCCCCCUCAUCCCGAGGAACUCGCGCCGACCGCCAGCAGCAGUUCAGCCUGGCCAAGUUCAAGCACAGCACCAUCCUGGACAGCAUCUCGCUGGAGGACUUUUCCGAGCCAACGACGACCAGCUGCUCGAACUCGACCGAAAUCGAAGCCCGCAAGCUGGAGAGCUCCUCGACGGACGACACGAGCGAUCAGGACAGCAGCAGCGUUACGGACUCGCUGCUCAAGUCACCCCUGCUCGGCGGCCGGCGGAGCGCCUCGGACGUGCGCAAGUAUCUGGACGAGGGCGGCACCGGCACCGGAAGUGAAGCGGGGAGUGGCUUCGGCAGCGGCAACGAGGAGAAGACGCCCCUGCUCGAGGGCAUGGAGCUUUCGCCCAUCUCACCAACUGAGUCGGAACAAAUGUUGUGAUAAUAUAGUAACUCUGUAAACUAUUUUUCUACCGAUUUUAAUUCUGUUCAAUAUGAGGUACUAGUCUAGGGAAAUGAAGAAAAUAGAGAAUCAAAUCUAAUUUUAGCAAAUAUUAACAAUUUAAACAAGAAAAAAAGAUCCAAAAAACAGAAUGAAAAAAA